AUGGAGCUUGAGGAUAACAUCAGGUAUCAAAGCGGACAUUUGGAUGAGGUGUCUUUAAACCCAAGAGAGUAUGUGAAGAAAAAGACCCUCCUGAAAUACAAAGCCAUCUGUGCUGUUCUUCUGUGUGCUUUGGUGGUUGUAUCCCUGGGACUAGGUUUAGGACUAGGACUGAACCGUGGACACCAGGAGCAAGUCAGCUGCAGACACAAGUGCAAUGAGCCGCAGAGGAACGGGGUGCCUGGCUGCUGGUGCGACAGCGGCUGCAAGGAGCGUCAGGACUGCUGUUGGGACUACGAGGACACCUGCGUAGAGCCAACCCGAUCUUGGAGGUGCACUAAUUUCCGUUGUGGUGAGACACGGAUACCUGGAAGUUACUGUUCUUGUUCUGAUGACUGCUUGCAGAAAAAAGACUGCUGUGUGAACUACAAUAGUGUUUGCAAAGGUGAAAUACCUUGGGUGGAAGAACCAUGUGUACCACUUGAAACUCCUCAGUGUCCAGCUGGGUUUGAUCUGCCACCACUUAUCCUUUUUUCAAUGGAUGGGUUUAGAGCAGAGUACUUGCAAACUUGGAGUUCUUUGCUGCCAAAUAUUGAAAAACUCAAAACAUGUGGUACGCAUUCAAAAUACAUGAGAGCUGUUUACCCCACAAAAACCUUUCCAAACCACUAUACUAUUGUCACAGGAUUGUAUCCAGAAUCUCAUGGUAUUAUUGAUAACAGCAUGUAUGAUGUUGACUUGAACGAGCAUUUCUCGCUUUCGGGGUCGGAAAAAUUCAAGCCUUCGUGGUGGAAGGGGCAGCCAGUCUGGCUGACAGCAAUGUACCAAAAUUUGAAAGCAGGCACCUUCUUUUGGCCAGGCUCUGAUGUUCCAAUUAAUGGAACAUACCCCACCUUGUACAGUGUAUUCAACAGUUCAGUUACAUAUGAACAGAGAAUUUCAGGAAUAUUGAAAUGGCUUGAUUAUACCAAAUCUGAGAGGCCUGAUUUCUACACUUUAUAUAUUGAAGAACCAGAUUCUUCUGGACAUUCAUUUGGACCAGUUAGUGGUGGUGUAAUCAAAGCCUUACAGCUAGCAGAUCAAGCACUGGGGAUGCUAAUGGAUGGACUGAAACAAAGAAACCUGCACAAAUGUGUAAACCUCAUUGUUUUAGCUGAUCACGGGAUGGAGAUGACCUACUGCAAACAGUUAGAAUAUAUGACUAAUUACUUCCAAAAGAUUGAUUUCUACAUAUAUGCCGGGCCUGCAGCUCGCAUUCGAGCAAGAGAUGUUCCAAAGGACUAUUUUACCUUUGACUCAGAAGGAAUUGUUAAAAACCUCACGUGCAAAAGAUCCCCUCAGCACUUCAAGCCUUAUCUGACGCCUGACUUGCCAAAACGAUUCCACUAUGCUAACAACAUUCGUAUUGAUAAAGUUCAUCUUUUGGUGGAUCGACAGUGGCUGGCUGUGAGGGACAGAAGUUACACAUAUUGUGAUAGGGGUAACCAUGGCUAUAACAACGAAUUUAAAAGUAUGGAGGCUAUAUUCCUAGCAUAUGGCCCAAGCUUUAAAGAGAAAACAGAAGUGGAUGCUUUUGAAAACAUAGAGGUUUACAACCUUAUGUGUGAUUUGCUGCAUAUUACACCAGCACCAAACAAUGGAACACAUGGCAGCUUGAAUCACCUCUUAAAAAAACCUUUUUACAAUCCUUCACAUGCAAAAGAAGACUCAUCUCCUUCUUCAUGUCCAGUUUCCAGUCUGACUCCCAUAGAUAACCUGGGAUGCACAUGCAUGAAUGUAAUGAAUGAUUCAGAACUAAAUGAGAGGUUAAAUCUCACCACAGAAGAAAUAAAGAAGGCAAACUCAUAUCAUUUGCCAUAUGGGAGACCCAGAGUUCUUCAGAAGAAAAAUGUCUACUGCCUCCUUUCCCAUCAUCAGUAUGUGAGUGGAUACAGCUAUGAUAUCUGGAUGCCACUGUGGACUGCGUACACUGUGAAUAAGCCUGAAAACACAUCUCCUCUUCCUCCCACUGUUUCAGACUGUCUGCGGGCUGAUGUUAGAAUCCCUGUUGCUCGGAGCCAAAAUUGUUCCAACUACCCAGAAGGGCAGACCUUUACCCACAGUUUCCUCUAUCCUCCCAACUUCAAUUCAUCUGCUCUUGAACAGUAUGAUGCCUUACUGACCAGCAAUAUUGUUCCCAUGUAUAGAGCUUUCAGAGACAUAUGGGACUAUUUCCAUAAUGUGCUUCUUCAGGAGUAUGCUAGAGAAAGGAAUGGAGUAAAUGUUAUCAGUGGACCAGUAUUUGAUUACAAUUAUGACGGCCAUUUUGAUACCCUUGAUGAAAUUAAGCAGCAUGUAAACAAUACAGAAAUCCCUGUCCCAACCCAUUACUUUGUGGUUCUGACUAGCUGCAAGAACAAGUCCUGUACUCCGCUGAACUGUUCAGGCUCCUUGGAUGCUUUGUCUUUUAUCAUUCCUCAUCGACCUGACAACACUGAAAGCUGUGCUGAAAAUAAGACACUUUCUGAAUGGGUUGAAGAAAGAGUUCAGGCUCAUUCUGCACGUGUUCGGGAUGUGGAGCUGCUAACUGGGCUUGACUUUUACCAGGAAAGAAAGGAACCUGUCUCCGAGAUCUUACAGCUAAAGACAUUUUUGCCAAUAUUUGAGACUGAAAUUAACUGAAUAGCUGUAAAAAAAGUGUCAAUGCUUGGAAGAAAGCAAAUUUAAGUGAUUUAACUUUUUUCCUUGCUAAAGUAUGUAGUAAACAUGACUACAGCUCUUCUAUAAGAAAACACACUUAGAGGAGCUAAUUUCUUUUUUCAAAUUCAUGGUCAAGUGUUUUGUGCCAACUGAAUAAAAAUUACCUAAAGUAAAUUA